UUCUAUCUUUUCCUUUUUUUUUUUUCCCUACUUUUUUAGUGAGCCAAGCCGUUAUAGGAGAGCAUUCGGCAUCAUCAGCUGUUCGUGGCUGGACUCUCAUUGCUGGAAGUCGGAGCUGAAGGAGUCACAUGACAGAACUGGAGGCAGAGAGCUAGAGAGAGGAAAAAGGCACAGCAUUCCUCCUCGCACCGCCAUACUGUAGCCUCUUUUGAGCCAUUUCACAUUUUUAUUGCAACAUUUUACUCCCGCUCGGUGAGUACACUUCCAAUGGCUAUUUUUUCUGUUUUUCUAAACAAAUUUUUUUUUGGUCUUCUAAAUUCACCCCCUUCUUUUUCCUUUUUCUUUUUUUUGGUUGUUUUUCCUCCUUUCGCUGGUGUUUAAAUUGCUCAUUUGACGUGCUGGUUUUAAGCGUUUUUUUCCCCCUCUUCAAUCAAUCCAUCCUGCCUUCAAGUUUUGAGCAUGCAGUGAUUCAGAUCGAGAGGGUAAAAAAAAAGAAAACGGGUGCGUUUAUCGGUCUCUGAGAAAGCCUCACACUUUGCUUGCAGUUUUGCAGAGACCGAGCAGGUUUUAUCAGUACAGAGAUUUUUUCCUGCGCAUUUACUGGUGGGUUUUGGGAUAUUUUUUAUUAUUUUUAUUUUUAAUUUUUUUUGUUGUUGUUUUCUGUCGACUUUUGCUGUUGCUGUGACUUUCGGUUUGCAUUUUGGCAGUGUGGUUUGUGAUUUUGAUCAAUCUCGCCGGUGAAACCCCUCGCUUUUACUUUGUUGCUCUUUUCUUUAUAUUUUACUAAAGAAACAAGGGAAUCAUUUUUAAAGUCCCCCCACCCCCCUGCCCCUCUGACAUUUUAACCUGACCAUUUUCUUGCAGCUGAGCUCACAGAUUCUUCGGAGAGUUCAAUGCGCUUUUCUUGUUUUCUAUUCCAACGAGGAUGAACAGACAUUUUCCCUCUUGCAGGAGGGCAACUGGAGGAGAAUGACUGGUAAAACCCAGACCAGCAACGUGACCAAUAAGAAUGACCCCCGUUCCCUCAACUCCAGAGUCUUCAUUGGGAACCUCAACACAGCCAUCGUUAAGAAGACCGACAUAGAGGUCAUCUUCGCCAAGUACGGCAAGAUAGUGGGUUGCUCUGUGCAUAAAGGUUACGCGUUUGUACAGUACGUGAAUGAAAGGAACGCCCGAGCAGCGGUUGCAGGAGAAAACGCCCGGGUCAUUGCUGGACAGCCUCUAGACAUAAACAUGGCAGGCGAGCCCAAGCCGUACAGGCCUAAAGGUGGAUCCAAACGGCCGCUCUCAGCCAUUUACAGCGGUUAUGAGUUUGAUUACGAAUACUACAGGGAUGAUUUCUACAGCAGGCUUUUUGAUUACCACGGCAGAGUGGCCCCCCCACCCAGAGCUGUGAUCCCCCUGAAACGCUCCAGGGUGCUCGCUCCUUCCUCUCGCCGUGGGAAGACUUCCUUACCUGUCAAAACAUCCUCCUCUUCUUCUUCUUCAUCCUCCAGACCUCCAACAUCCUCCUUCUCCUCAAGUGUCAAAUUGAAGACAGACCAGCUCCAGACCAUUAAACGAGAGCUCACCCAGAUCAAAAUGAAGAUUGACUCUUUACUGGGACGCCUAGAGAAGAUUGAGAAGCAGCAGAGGACCGAAUCUGAAGCUCAAAGAAAAUAUGGAGACAACUGUGACUCCCUGCAUGAAGAGUCUGUGUCGGAGACGGCAGAAAACUCCGGUGAGGAGGCAGGCGAGGGGGCGCUGGACGUGGAGGCAGGCGAGAUGACUGAUGGAGGCGAAGACGACUAUGACGAGGAGGGCAGCCACCAUCUGAUAGAGAACCAUGUAUCAGACAUUGACAACUGAGGUAAGGGCGAGGAAGAAAGGUCUCCUGGUUGUAGGUUUUAGAUUUCAUCAUCACCUUCGAGAGGCAAAAAAAAGGGAAUUUGUGAGGGAUGAAGGUUCAGGACUGCAAGUUGUGUUUUGAUGCUCAACUUUGAGGCACAAACCAAAUGUGACGUGUUAUUUAAAGAAAAUUUAUCCAAGACCUGUUUUAACAUUUUUCUCCUGGAGUUACUUAAAAAACAGCUUAUAUCACACGGCACAAAGGAAACAGGAAGAUUUAUAAAUAAUUGUUGAUGCUUUUAUGAAAUGUGCUUGCGCUGUAAUCUUAAAAUUCUUUCUUUUAAUGUUUUUAUUUCUCAAACAUCAAAUGAAUAAGUUAAGGUAAGAACAAUCUCUGGCCGCAGUGGUGUUCAGAAAAUAAAUGAAACACCACUGCCGUCUGGUCUUGGAUUUGGACUCAUGCAUAAGCCAAUAGCUGUGAGCAUAACGUAAUCCAGCUUUAUCCAUUUAUCACACAAAUGUCCCUGUGGGGCUGUUCCAUCGUGUAUCCUGACUCCUGCCAAGUUUCAGAAGCAGCGAGGGCUUCCUGUGGUGGAGCGAGCCAACCUUGGCACGGACCUCCUGAGGGAGAAGCAGAGCCCUGAUGUCUCCUCCCUGCUCAGCUUCGUGCUUCCCAACAUGGACUGCUGCUGUUCUCCUUCACCAUCUCCUUCAUUCUGCACUGAUUCACAGCAUCUCAUUCAGGCGAAAGAGCAAAGCAGGAGUUUUCAAAACGAGGGUUUCACUUUUUGUCACAUUAUGACCACAAGUUUCCAUGUAUUUUAUUGGGAUUUUAUUUAAGAUUACCAAAAAGCACUGAAAAAUAGUGGAAGGAAAUUAUACAUGGUUUUCAAAAUGUUUAUAUGUAUUCAGCUCAAUAUAUUCUAAUAACCCCUAAUUAAAAUUAAGUACAACCAAUUGCCUUGAGAACAUACCAAAUUAGUAACCAAACGUAUAUUUAAAUCAUAUAAUUCAAAUAUGAAACAAUAUUCAAAGCUUUGAACAUCUCAUGGAGCACUUUUCAACUCAUCAUCUGAAAAAUGAGUAAAACACAACUGCCAACCUACCAAGACAUGGCCUUGCAAUCACCACCUUAACUAAAAGGCCGGGCAAGGAGAGCAUUAAUCAGAGAAGCAGCCAAGCGGCUAACGGUAGCUUAGGAGGAGCUGUUGAGAUCUGAAGCUCAGGUGGGAGAAUGUGUCUGGUGAACAACUAUUGUCAAGAAUAAAGAAUGGUUAAAAGGAAGCCAGAAGUCCCCUCUGUGGUCAGAUGAAGGCUAAAUUGAAGAUUUUGCCCUACAUGUUACACGCUAUAUGGCAGAAUCCUUCUUGGUGGUGGCAGCAUCAUGCUAGGGGGAUGCUUUCUUCAACAGGGACAGGGAAGAAUUAAUCGGAAGACAGAGAUAGCUAAAUGCAGCAAACUUCUGGAAGGAAACCUGUGAGUGACAGGAAAACUUUAAAAACAUUACGAAUAUCAUGAGUCAUUUUAAAGUGUGCGGUUGUAAUGUGACAAAAUGUACAGCUAAUGAAAACUCAAACUUCUGUUUCUCAGUAAAUUGAAAUGUUUAUUAGAAUAAGAUGCAGUAAUGUCACCCUGUUGAACAGUAUGUCCAAGUGCUCAACAAAAGGAGUGCAACAGGUUCAUGUCCUGGGUAGAUCUACAGCAUGUGUGGUUGCUCGUGAAGGACAGUCUCCAACCGCAGUCCAGUCUUUGUGAAUCUCUCCCAAACUGCAGAAUGGGUUUGCUUCAAAAUCCUCUCAAGGAUGCUUUUAUUCCAGUCACUCGUGCUCACUUUUCUGCCAUAUUUUUUCUUUCCACUAAAUUUUCCAGUGACUUUAGAAACUACAUUUUGUGCUUAUCUUUCUUAUAGAGGAUGAUCAUCAAAAUAAUCAUCCAAAAUUAACAGGAAUACAGACUUAAAAUAUGUUACCCUAUGCUAUGGUCAACCUAUGUGAAAUACAAAUUUCCCUUUUUGAAAUAAACUUGUAAUUUAUUGAAAACCAGAAAUUGGGAAUUGUUACUAAUUUAAACCUUAAAACAAAAAUGUAAAGACAAGUUGACUUGACUCACUUUCAUAUACACCCAUCAGUAAUGGCAGUGCUGCCAAAAAAUGCCUAAAACAUAAAAGACUGCCUUCAGCUCAUUUAAAGUCAGUGUCUGGUUAAAAAUGAUAAAGUGUAAUAUUUAGCACUAUUUUUGUAUCCAAAACAUGUUCAAAGAAAAUAAAGAUCUGGUUCAUGUUUUUUUUUUUUUUUUUGUCUUUUUGUGUUAUUAUUAACCAGUAUGGUGAUGUGUCACAUCUUUUGCAAAUAAAAAUAAUUACACAUACAAAAAAAAAAAAAAGACACUUGUUGCUUUCAUCUGUCAUAGCUUAUCUGGGUCACUUUGGAGCAUUUCUGGCUCAACUUGUUCACAUUCGCUGUGAUUAAUCCUUUUCAUGUUUAUUUCAACUGAUGAUGACUUUUAGCAAAGUGACGCUGUCCUGACAGUUUGUUGAAAACUGGUUUGCACCAGUACUGUGGGACUUGUAGAGGCGUAAGUGGCAACUGUUGUAUAGAAAUGUACAUUUUUUUGUAAAGAUAUUUUUAUCAAAUGGCAUGUUUACUGUAACUUUGUAUUUUCAGUUUUCAUGUACACAAAAAUAAGGAAAACAUUCUGUCGUGAGGCUGCUGGAGUCAUUGUCAUUGUAGAUAACUUUGUGUUCUUAUUGGUGAAUAAAAAUAUUGUGUCCUGUA